AUGAACGCCUAUGCGACGCUGAAGCAGUUCGGCCUGCCGGCCGUCGCCGGGUCGCUGGCCGUCUGCGUGAGCCACCCGCUCGAGCUGACGAAGGUGCGGCUCCAGCUCGACAACGAGCUCCAGGCGCGCGGCUCCGCGGGCCGCUACGGCGGCUGGCUCGACUGCGUGCGCGAGUCCUGGCGGGCCGGCGGCGUCGGCAACCUGUGGUCCGGCCUGCGCUUCGGCGUCGCGCGCGAGUUCGCCUUCAACUGCGCGCGCAUCGGCUCCUUCGAGCCCGCGCUCGCGGUCGUCGGGCACCCGAUGGCCGCGGGCUUUCUCUGCGGGUCGCUCGGCGGCUGCGUGGCGAACCCCGUCGAGGUGCUCAAGGUGCGCUUCCAGGCCCUCGGCGGCGCGACGGGCCACCAGCACGCCGCGUUCUCGAACGCGGGCUUCUGGGCGUCGCUCCGGCGCCUCGUCGCCGACGAGGGCUGGCGCGCGUGCGCCAAGGGCCUCGGCGUGUCGACGCUCCGCGGCGCGCUCGGCCCGGGCACGCAGCUGCCGGCCUACUACGAGCUGAAGCGGCGCUGCGCCGCCGCGGGCCUCGACGCGGACUCGCCGGCCGUCCACGGGUGUUGCUCCGCGGCGUCCGCGGGCGUGUCCAUCGCGUUCUGCAACCCGGCGGACGUCGUCCGCACGCGCGUCUACAACGGGCCCGCGGGCAACGCGCGCUACGCCGACGCCGUCGACGCCUUCCGCAAGAUCCUCGCCGCGGAGGGGCCGACGGCGUUCUACAAGGGCGCGGGCUCCCACUUCCUCCGCCUCGGGCCCCACAUGGUCCUCGUCUUCGUCAUCUUGGAGCAGCUCCGCCUCGUAGCGCCCUAA